GCUCUGUUCAUAAUUUGCACUCGCAACUUCCGAGGGAGGGGAGCAUUGAUCACAGAGAAGAAGAAUACGAAGAAGAAGAAGAUGGUGAGUUCACCAGUGGUCAACAUGUACCCGCUCUCCAGCUACACCUUCGGUACGAAAGAGCCGAAGAUGGAGAAAGACACCUCCGUCGCUGAUCGCCUCGCUCGCAUGAAAGUCAACUACAUGAAAGAGGGAAUGAGGACCAGUGUUGAAGGCAUUCUGCUGGUGCAGGAGCACAGACAUCCUCAUAUUCUCCUCCUGCAAAUUGGGAACACAUUUUGUAAACUUCCAGGAGGACGUUUGAAACCAGGAGAAAAUGAGAUUGAAGGUUUGAAAAGGAAACUAUCAAGCAAAUUAGGUGCAAAUCCACUAUCACUGCAACCCAGUUGGCAGAUUGGCGAGUGUGUUGCUAUUUGGUGGAGACCAAACUUUGAGACUGUUAUGUAUCCAUACUGCCCUCCCCACAUAACAAAGCCAAAGGAGUGCAAGAAACUUUUCAUCGUCCAUUUGUCUGAAAGAGAAUAUUUUGCUGUACCGAAGAACUUGAAAUUGCUAGCCGUUCCGUUGUUUGAGCUCUAUGACAACGUGCAUAGAUAUGGACCAGUUAUCUCCACCAUACCUCAGCAGCUCUCAAGGUUUCAGUUCAACAUGAUGACCACAUAAAAAGCGUUAAGAGGGAGAAAGAAGCUUUCAGUUAAUGCUUUCCAACAUUUCUCGGUGUCACUAGGUAGCAAAUGGACCUCGAUAACUUAGCUAGUGUAGCAAAAGUCGUACCUUCACCUUCUUCUGUUACGAUGAUUUGUAGGCGAACUCAUCUUCUGGGAUAGUUGUCCCCUUUCUUUGUAUUUGACUAUGUACCAGGCCGGACUAAGUUGUGAUUGUUCUAGCCUGAUGUGAUUAUUUGUUUG